AGCUCCAUCCAAUCACCGGUAGUUUAACAUCUGUCACCUGGCAUCUUCACAGUCCCAUCAGACGUCCAUUCGUGCAGGUUAGAACAAGCCUUCAAGGAAUCAAAUUUUCAAUUCCUGACAAACAUGUUUCUGCUAGUCUUCGUGUUUCUUCUCACAGUAUCGGCGCAAAAAGAGCCAACUUUCGGCGAAAUCUUCGCAUCUUUUGACACGAAUAAUGACACAUAUCUGUCAUAUAAGGAAAAUAAAGAUACAUUUGCCAAAUACGACACCAACAAAGAUGGGACGGUUACCAGAGAUGAGUAUUACAAAUACGUUUCCUCAAACAAACCCUGUGACAUCCCAGGAUAUGCGUUUGAUAUUUACGACUCCAACAAAGACAACAAGAUAAACCACUUAGACUAUGAAGCCAUAUUCAAAACGGUUGACGCAGACAAUGAUAAUAUGAUCUCGCAAGACGAGCUGGAGGGGUAUGCUGCAAAGAUCUUCAAUUCUCCCAAGAGUUACAACGAAAGCUGUAUAAACCAACAGAAGAAGAUCGUUGCUGGGACGUAAUCCAGCUUUAAGUUUUGUCUAAACGAUGUUUUGGUUUCAGCGAAUUAAAAAAAU